AAUGAAAAAGCAAGGAAAUUAUUAACUUCGAGGAAAAAAAGUGAGAAAAUAUAAUUUGUACACAACAAUGUUCCCAAUGAUACUGCAACUUAAGGAAGGCAAGAAUGGGCCUUGCAAGUGUACAAGAGCUAAAACCUAGUCCCAACAUAGUAAGGAGUCAAUUUAUAAUGUCUAAAAUUAAUCAAAAUAUGGAAUACAGAAUAAAGCAGAAGAGAUAACUAAAAGAGAUUAAAGUGCCUUGCUAUUAGGAAGGAGCUAGGAAAGUGAAGAAACAAAGGGCAGAAAACUACUGUAUUUUAUUCUAAGCCAUUUAGUAAUAUUUGAUUUUGAAUCAAGUUCAUAUAUUAUUUUGGGGAAAAAAUGCAUAUUAAAAGAGCAGCAGAAUAGAGACCUUGCAAGUCUCCCCAAGGAUAAAGGAGAGACAAAAUAUUAAACAUUACUAAUAAUAGGGAUAUACCUGAAGAUAAAAAAAUUAAAUUUUGCAAACCUAGAAAAAAUGAAUAGCUUAUAAAAUUAAACAUAAAUUAUUUUAAAAGUAAACAAAACCUGGACAGAUUGAUAACCAAAAGUAAAAUGGGAAAUAUAGUCAUAGAUAUACCACCAGCAAAGCCACAAAACCAACUCAUUUAAAAACUGGUGAAAGUUUUCUUAAGAUUUAAUCCUGGUGGGAAGCCAGAGUUUAAUUGCAUGUUCCUAGAUUAAGGAAAACAACUUUAUUUUUCUACAAAUUCAGACUAUCAGAAGAAAAAGCAAUGUGAACUACUAACGUUACUGUGACCAUUUGAAGAAAAAGUUGUAAUAAAACCGCAAAGACCCUUGGGGGUAAAAAAGUCACUCCUAUUGCAGUUCCUUUGAUCGGCCAUCUUUUCGUUCUAUUCUUGAAAACGGGAAUAACAUCCACAAAACGCAAGGUGGCGCUGCUGGCUAAAAAGAGGGGGAAAUAUUCACACAAAGGAUGUUACAAAUUCCAGUGUUCAGAGGAAAGCUGGCCAGACAAGAAAAAUAGAGGAAAGGAAACCGUGGUGAUGGAGUUGGGGAAAAGUGGGACUCUUCCCCAUGAGCAUUGCUAUUAUCCAGCUCAUUUCUAAGGAUUCGGUUUCUGGCAUUUCUGAGAGCUGCUUGAGGCCGAGUGAACGUGGUUUUGAAAGAUUGCUUAAACAAAGAAUGGAGGCCAGAGUGGUGCGUGCAGCGCAGAAAAGGCAAGUGUUGUUUCUUUAUGUGUUUCUGGGAGUGUCUUGGGCUGGUGCAGAACCGCUUCGGUAUAUUGUGGCAGAGGAAACAGAGAGAGGGACCUUUCUGGCCAACUUAGCAAUUGAUUUGGGGUUGGGGGCGGGGGAACUGUCAGCUCGGGGAUCUAGAAUCAUUUCAGAUGAGAACAUACGAUUUUUACUCCUCAAUCCGCUUACUGGUGAUUUACUUCUAAAUGAGAAAUUAGACCGAGAAGAACUGUGCGGCCCCACAGAGCCGUGUGUGCUGCCUUUCCAGUUGUUACUUGAAAAACCUUUUCAGAUUUUCCGUGCUGAACUACAGGUCACAGACAUCAAUGAUAAUUCUCCAGUAUUUCUAGAUAGAGAGAUUACCUUAAACAUUUUAGAAAGUACCACUCCAGGGGCAACAUUUCUCCUAGAAAGUGCACAGGAUUCAGAUGUUGGAAUCAACAACCUGAGAAACUACACCAUCAGCUCCAAUGUCUAUUUCCAUAUUAAUGUCCGCGAUAGUGGGGAGGGGAAUGUUUAUCCCGAAUUGGUACUGGAUAGAGUGCUGGAUCGUGAAGAGGUUCCUGAGCUCAUUUUAACCCUCACCGCCUUGGAUGGCGGCUCUCCGCCCAGAUCCGGAAACACCCUCAUACGCAUCUUGGUUUUGGAUAUAAACGACAACGUCCCUGAAUUUGUAGAGUCGCUUUACAAGGUGCAGGUGCCCGAGAACAGCCCUGUUGGCUCCCUGGUUGUCACUGUGUCAGCUAGAGAUUUAGAUGCUGGAAGUAAUGGAGAAAUAGUCUAUGCAUUUUUUUACGCUACUGAAAUAAUUCUCAAAACAUUUCGAAUCAAUUCAACAUCUGGCAAUCUUCAUCUUAAAGCUAAAUUGAACUACGAGGCAAUACAAACUUAUACAUUGACUAUUCAGGCCAAAGACGGUGGAGGGCUUUCUGGAAAAUGUACUGUGGUGGUCCAAGUAACAGAUAUAAAUGAUAAUCCACCAGAACUGCUCCUGUCAUCACUUACUAGCCCAAUUGCAGAAAACUCCCCAGAGACAGUAGUAGCUGUCUUUAGGAUUAGAGACAGGGAUUCAGGGAACAAUGCAAAGAUGGUGUGCUCCAUCCAAGACCAUCUCCCCUUCGUCCUGAAGCCGUCAGUAGAGAAUUUCUACACCCUGGUAACAGAAAGUCCCCUCGACAGAGAAAGCCAGGCCGAGUACAAUAUCACCAUCACCGUCACCGACCUGGGGACCCCCAGGCUAAAAACCCAGCACAACUUAACCGUGACGGUGUCCGACGUCAACGACAACGCCCCCGCCUUCAGCCAAAGCUCCUACACCCUGCGGGUCCGCGAGAACAGCCCCGCCCUGCACAUCGGCAGCGUGAGCGCCACCGACAGAGACGCGGGCGCCAACGCCCAGGUCACCUACUCGCUGCUGCUGCCGCCCCACGACCCGCACCUGCCCCUGGCCUCGCUGGUGUCCAUCAACGCGGACAACGGGCAGCUGUUCGCGCUCAGGGCGCUGGAUUACGAGGCGCUGCAGGCGUUCGAGUUCGGCGUGCGCGCGGCCGACCGCGGCUCGCCCGCGCUCAGCAGCCAGGCGCUGGUGCGCGUGCUGGUGGUGGACGACAACGACAACGCGCCCUUCGUGCUGUACCCGCUGCAGAACGGCUCGGCGCCCUGCACCGAGCUGGUGCCCAGGGCGGCCGAGGCGGGCUACCUGGUGACCAAGGUGGUGGCGGUGGACGGCGACUCGGGCCAGAACGCCUGGCUGUCGUACCAGCUGCUCAAGGCCACGGAGCCCGGGCUGUUCGGCGUGUGGGCGCACAACGGCGAGGUGCGCACGGCCCGGCUGCUGAGCGAGCGCGACGCCGUCAAGCACAGGCUGCUGGUGCUGGUCAAGGACAAUGGCGAGCCGCCGCUGUCGGCCAGCGUCACGCUGCACGUGCUGCUGGUGGACGGCUUCUCGCAGCCCUACCUGCCGCUGCCGGACGUGGCGGCGGCCGAGGCCCGGGCCGACCCGCUCACCGUCUACUUGGUCAUCGCCUUGGCGUCGGUGUCGUCGCUCUUCCUGGUGUCGGUGCUGGUGUUCGUGGCGGUGCGGCUGUGCAGGAGGAGCCGGGCGGCGUCGGGGGGCGGCUGCGCGGUGCCCGAGGGCCCGUUUGCGGGCCACCUGGUGGACGUCAGCGGCACGGGGACCCUGUCCCACAGCUACCAGUAUGAGGUGUGUCUGAGGGGAGGCUCAGGGACUGGCGAGUUCAAGUUCCUCAAGCCAAUUCUCCCCAGUUUCCUUGGUCUGGGUGAGGAGAGGAUUAGUGAAGGAAACCCCAAUUUCAGGGAUAAUUUUGAAUUCAAUUAAGUAUUGAUACGGGUCUACUGAGCCUAGUCUCAGUUAAUUUGUGGAAAGUCCUUUCUUACUGCCUUGCUCACUGGGGUUCUUUUUAUUUGGUAAGUAGCUAUCCUAUUCCAAUUUAGUGCAUGUUACUGGUGUUUCUAAAGGUGUUCAUUUGUGGUAUAAGGAAUGCAAAUUUCCUUUGUUUUCUUUUUGUUGAUUAGUCUCACUAUAACUUAAUUCAACUUAAAGUGUGAAAGUAAAUUUUGUAUUUUCGGAAGUCUUUAAUUUUUAAGUUAGACCACCGUUUUCCAAACUCACCUACCACAGUUCCUAGGUAAUUUUGCAGAACUUAAAAUUUAAAACAUCUUUUUAAAUGUUUGCAAUCGCUACACAAGCUUAUUCCUUUUCCAACCCAGAAUAUUUGUGUUUGUAUGUUCUUUUAGACUAGUAUAACUUCUAUUCUGUUUGCUCACGUUGACUAAAACCAUUAAUAUAUGUGUAUUCUUUAAUAACAAAACAACAUCUCACAUUUUUCUAAAUAUGUACUUCCUUAAAGUGUCCAUAAAUGAAGAUUAUGAUUUCUUAGAGAUUGUGACAACCUUGACUGCUGGAUUCUACAAACCAUUCACAUCAAUAGUGCUCAGUCAACUACUAAUAUUCUCAAAUGUAGUUAAAUAAAUAGCAUGUGUCCAGUUGUUUUUAAAGCCAUGUAAUUCUUCAUGCUUUCUGUUAAAAUUUUUUCUUUAAACCUCUGCUCAUUUCAAUUCCCCGUUAAAAGUUACCAGUUUUAGCAAUUACAACCCAUCUGUUAACUUUGAGCACAUCCUUAAAAUCCAAGAGAUAUGAGGAAAUAAAUCUAAGUCUUUGUUCUUGACCAAAUUUUAGAAACUUCAAAUGUUAGUUUGGCAUUGCAUUUUUCAAAAAUUUUGGAGCAUUUAUGAUUCCUUUGGAAAUAAGCCCGUGACUACUUCUGUUUUUCCCUUUUCAGUUUCCUAGGGUUUUCAAAGCUUUUUUUCUUUUUAGGUUCUUGAAUAUGUUUCUCAAUAGCUCCCCAUUUAUUGUAUGAUUAGCACAGUAACUGGAGGAUUAUAGGUUCUUAAUA